ACUAAGUCUUCUUCUUCCCCUGUCUCAAUACAUACAUACAACACAACAAUGGGUUUUCGUUUACUUGGUAUCAGAAAGGCAUCACUUGCUGCAAACCAAGCAUCUUCAAAAGCAGUGGACGUCCCAAAGGGCUAUCUUGCGGUGUACGUUGGAGAGAAAUUGAAGCGGUUUGUGAUUCCCAUAUCACACUUGAACCAGCCUUUAUUCCAAGACUUGUUGAGUCAAGCUGAGGAAGAGUUCGGGUAUGAUCAUCCCAUGGGUGGCCUCACAAUUCCUUGCGGUGAAGAUGUCUUCCAACACAUAACUUCAAGACAUAUAACAAUGGGUUUUCGUUUACCUGGCAUCAGAAGGGCAUCAUUUGCUGCAAACCAAGCAUCUUCAAAAGCUUUGGACGUGCCAAAGGGCUACCUUGCAAUUUAUGUUGGAGAGAAAAUGAAGCGGUUUGUAAUCCCCGUAUCAUACUUGCACCAAUCUUCAUUUCAAGAUUUGUUGAAUCAAGCUGAGGAAGAAUUUGGAUAUGACCAUCCAAUGGGUGGUCUCACAAUUCCUUGUGGAGAAGAUGUGUUUUUAGAUAUCAUUUCUCGUUUGAAUAAGUGUUAA